CUCCAGCUGCGUAAUGUGAUGGAUGGCAGCAAUCCCACGUCUCUCCCACGCCUUCGUUCCAAUGACUUCCUUACUCUCUCCUCCAAUACGUAAAUAUCUCUCUCUCUCUCUCUCUCUCUCUCCUUUCUCUUGAACUGUAAAUCAUUGCAGUUUUGAAAUCCCUAACCCCCAAACCUCUGAACAAAACAAGAGCAAAUGCCAAUCGCCUCGCCCUCUACUCCGACCUUCUCCCCUUCCUUCUGCCGUAUAACCCACUCCGACUCAACUCGGUUCGUCAAAACCUCUACCGUCCGAUUCCGCCCGACUCGCCAUCCAUCCCAUCGCCCACUCACCAUCUCCGCCCGUCUCAACUCGUCCACGACAUCCAACGGCUUCGUCUCCCCCGACAACAACAACAACGACGACGGCGAGCUCCAGCACGGGGUCUCGCUCUCGCGCCGCCACCGCCGCGGGGGCUCGCCGGUGUUCGUGACGCUGCCGGCCGACGCCGUGACGGGGUCCGGCCAGGUGCGACGGCGGAAGGCGAUGGCGCAGUCGUUCCGGGCGCUGGCGGCGGCCGGAGUGGACGGGGUGGUGAUGGAGGUGUGGUGGGGGGUCGUGGAGAGGGAGGGUCCUAGUGUUUACGAUUGGGGAGGCUAUGGUGAGAUCGUGGCGAUGGCCAGGCGGUGUGGGUUGAAGGUUCGAGCCGCCUUGGCGUUUCAUCAGUGCGGUACUGGGCCUGGCGAUCCCUUCUGGAUUCCACUUCCUCAAUGGGUGCUUGAAGAAAUGGAUAAAGAUCCAGAUAUAGCAUAUUCUGACAGAUUUGGAAGAAGAAAUACCGAAUAUGUUUCUCUAGGAUGCGACAUUCUUCCUGUUUUGCGUGGACGAUCCCCGAUCCAGGCAUAUGCGGAUUUUAUGCGGAACUUUAGAGACACUUUCAGACCUUUUCUUGGUGGCAUCAUAACAGAAAUUCAAGUUGGAAUGGGUCCGGCCGGAGAAUUAAGAUACCCUUCGUGCCCUAUUCAGAAGCUAACAUGGGCUUGGCGCUCUCGUGAGCUUGGAGAGUUUCAAUGCUAUGACAAGUACAUGCUUGCAUCUUUGAAUGCUUGUGCUCGAGAAACUGGAAUGAGAGAGUGGGAAAAUGGUGGUCCUAUUGGGGCUUCCAAUUUGAUGCAAGAUCCCGAGAGUACGGAGUUUUUCAAGACCGAUGGUUCAUGGAAUACACCAUAUGGUGAGUUCUUCCUUGGAUGGUACUCUGGGAUGUUGCUUCUCCAUGGGGAGAGGAUAUGCUCGGAAACAGAGACAAUAUUUCGGGGUACUGAAGUUAAUACAUCCGGAAAAGUUGCUGCAAUACACUGGCAUUAUGGCACUCAAUCUCAUCCAUCUGAGUUAACUGCUGGCUAUUACAAUACUUCAAACAGAGAUGGAUACCUACCGAUCGCCCGAAUGUUCGGUAGGUAUGGGUUUAACUUGUGCUGUACAUCUUUUGAAAAGCAAGAUGCAGAUGAGAAGCAGAUGAACCCUCUUAGUAGUCCAGAAGGUUUUCUUAGGCAACUACUUCUGGCUGCUAGGAAUUGUGAUGUUCCCAUGGAGGGUGAAAAUUCUGCAGCUACUUUAGACGAUGGAUCUUUUCAACAAGUGGUAAAGAUGUCGAAGUUCUACUCAGAUGGUCUAAAAACACCGUCUUUUUCAUUCAAUUUUGUCAGGAUGGACAAAAACCUGUUCGAGUAUCGCAAUUGGGUUAGUUUUACUCGUUUUGUGAGGCAAAUGUCUGAUGCCGAUAUUUUUCGAGCCUACUUAGACUUUGGAGGAGGUGAUACAGGCCUUUCUUCUAGAUGGGCUGUUGAUUGUUGUGCAGUUCUUGCAUACUAGAUGGUGCUCCAUGUUACCUGCACAUCCAUGGUACUCAUGCUUCGGCGGCAUCGUUUAUUUUGUAUAAUUGAUAUGUGAUGACUUGUAAUCAUCUGUUGUGAAGUGAUUAGUAAUUCUGCGAUUUUUCAGAGAUUUUUUUUUUUUGGGUCUAUUUUUGGAAUAUUAUUCUGAUGUAUUAUAGACAUUGCCUUCCUCAUUUUUUUUGAAUAUGGGAUGGCUUUGGAUCUGUAUAUCCCACUUGAAUGAUGACUGGUUGGGGUUUUUAA